AUGUCUAGCUGUACAAAUGCACGAGAGUCUGAGAAUGCAAUGCGUGAUAUUUUAAUAUCUACAAGACAUGUUUUGGUCAUGGAUGCUUUUGCGAAAAAAUCAACAUUGGCAUUUCUUAAAGCAUAUCUUAGUGAAGACAUUCAUAUAGUUAAUAAUAGAUAUCAGCCUCGUGUAGAUGAAAUGCGUGUAACAAUUAUAUCUACUGGAGUAGUGAUGGCUAGAGCAUUAGUAGAAAAGCAUAUAAGUUAUCUAAAUCUGAUAAUUCGUCUGUUAGAGCCCAUACAUAUUAUGGGAAUAUGGAUGGAAAGUUGUGAAAAUAUUCGAGCUGAACUUGAAAGUGCUCAGCCUAAUAAUUUGCCUACAGCAAUAAAAGGAUAUCUUGAACAUCAGAAACGCCUUUCUGUAAGAUACUUUAUUAAGAAGCUUUGUAAUCUUAUAGCCAGGAAUCGUAAAAAAAUCUGCAAUAAGAUUAGGGUUGAAGUAUUAGUUAUCAAAGAAAUGGAUUUUAAUGCAGUUGUUACUUCUCAAAAUCUUGAUUCUGAAGAAGCUGAAGUCCUUAAAUUCGAUCAAGAGCAUUCUAUUGCAGAUACUAUAGCACUUAAACGUUUUAUAUGCGGAAUCUUUAUUGUAAAAACAUGA